AUGUUGGGACUGCCUGAACGCUUCGAGAAGGUUGUUGCGUCGGCGCGGAUUGCGCGAAAUCCCGCGCGAUGGCUCAGGUUCCUUCUGCUGCUGGCAGGUGACAUUGAGCGGAACCCAGGCCCUGACCGGGCUCGUCGAGGCGCACUCGACUUGGAAGCAGGCUUCGCUCCCAGCACGUCGCGCAAGAUGCGAAAGAGUUUGCUUGCUUUCCUGGCUUGGCUCCGAGACGAAGCUGAGCUUGACGCUGCGGCUGUGCUGGCAGCCGCUGACACUACUGGGCUUGCUUUGCGUGCUUUUGGCCUGCACUUGUACGAAGCUGGACUGCCUCGCUACAUCUUUGUCUAUGCCAUUACGGCGAUCCAGGACAAGUUUCCGCAGCGCCGGAACUUCUUGACCGCAGCGUGGCAGAUAGAUAAGAAGUGGCAGCGAGCAGAACCGGGCGCAUGUCGAGCUGUGCUGCCCGCCGCGGCUGUCCGCGCCGCCAUCGGUGUUGCCUUGCUCUGGGGGUGGUUUCGUUGGGCAGCGGCCGUGAUAGUUGGCUUCCUGGCGAUGCUCCAUCCAGGAGAGCUUGUAGGGCUCACUCGCAAGGACCUGAUGUUUCCUGCAGACACGUUGGGGCAUACUUCAAGCCUCUUUGUUCACCUCAGGAACCCCAAGACUUCUCGGUUCGCCCGCCGACAACACGGCCGAAUCGACGACUCAGCAGCGAUUGACUUCCUGUUCAGUUUGACGAGAGGAGCUCCUUCUGAUGCCCGCCUGUGCCCGGGUUCUACUCAUUCCUUCCGCAAGCAGUGGAAUGCCAUCCUUGACAGGCUUGGCCUUCCAAGCAAAGCUGCAGAGCAUGGGGCUACGCCAGGCGUGCUGCGAG